CCGGUCUCCCGAGUCGGGCCAGCGCGAGGAGGGCAGCCUUCACCCAGUGGCAGCCAUUGCCUGCUUCUGCGCACCGUUCACCCGUGAACUGUGGGCUGCGGGUUGCAUUUGCAUCGGCAGCGGACCAAAGGAAGGCUGCCCUGUAUUAAGCUCCUCGCAUGGAGAGCCCGGGCGUGAGCCGCAUCGCGGCUGAGGAGGCGUGGGAGAGCGAGGCGGCGCCGGAGAGCGAGGCGGCGCCGGAGCCGGCGGAGGAGCGCCCGUCCAUGCUGUCGCGGCUGGCCUCCUGGCGGGCGCCGGAGCCGGAGCCGGAAAUGGAGCGGGACGGGAAAACGGAGGCCCCGGCGCCGCCAGAACCAGCGGAAGAGGCGCCGCGGCAGCUCCAUUGCGACCACUUUUACUGCCGCGCGCCGCCGGGCCCGCUCGGCCUGGAGUUCAAGGACUCGACGCGCGUCGUUUUCCGCUUUCUCCCCCCCUAUACGUCGGCCCUUGCUUACACCGUCUACCCAGGCGACGAGCUGGUCUCGGUCAACGACUGCGUCGUCGGCGACGACGUGCUCGGCGUCCUCGCGGCCCAGGACGACGGGGCGACGGAUCGGACGCUCGUCUUCUACCGCGCGUCGGGCCGCCGCCCCGAGGACUACUACGCGGUUUACGCGCCGCCCGGGAAGCUCGGGCUCGCCUUCGAGAACGACGCGCGGCGCCUCCCGCAUGCUGUCAAAGGCUACGAGCCGGGCUUCGUCGUGGGGCGAGUCGACCCGACGUCGGCGCUGCGCGGCGUCGUCGCGGAGGGCGACGCGCUCCUGUUUGUCAACGGGGUCCCCUGUGACGAGCACGCCGGGCCCUUGCGCGCCCUCGCGCAGCCCAGCAGCGCGGCCUAUCCGCGGCGCAGCGCGGCCUAUCCGCGGCGCAGACUCGAUUUCGCUCGCAAGGGCUUUCGCGAAUACAGCGAGCGCGACGAGUGGAAGAGCUGCGGCGCCAUAUGCUGCGAAAUAUGUUCCUGUGGGGGGCCCUCUCCUGACGACGAAUACGGCACGACGAUGUACGACGGCAACGACUACACCUACUGAUGUCCGGAAGCCCCCUGGGUGCCAAAAGUUCCCCGACAAGUUCUCGAUCUCCCCCCCCGCCUCGGUCCCUCGACGACGACGUCCGCGCGUCUUCCCUGUCCAUACGCGCCGCGCCUUCCCUCCCGUUUUCUCCGAGUCCAAGUCUGUCCAUAAGCAUGUGUCCAUAGUA